AUGAAGAGAGCGCUAGAAAUCGAGCAGGUGCACCUGGAGGACUACUUGGAAGAGUUCCAGCUGCAGCAACUGUCCAAAUCCAUUCCAGGACCCGCUGUGGACCCAGAUUUAGCGCAUAAUUGGCACUACCAAUACGUGGUAUCCUGGCUUUACAACGUUUGUGACAGCGCGUUCACUGCUGAACAGGGCAAGCCGUUCUUCUCCAACAUUGCGUUUGACGAAAAACUGCUGCUUCAGGACCUGAAGAACCAGUUUGAGGAGAAUCUAUACACUGAGAUCCUAGAACAACUGUUGAAAACUGUCACCCAGAACAAAAAGGCCCAAUUGAAAGAAUGGGACGUGGCUAUGAAAUACAAUUUGGCACAAUGGGAUGCAGUACUGUGGUAUUCCCAGGACCAGUCUUUGAAAUUCAGAACCUUGAGUGUGGGGCAACAAUUUGACGUUCUCUACGCUUGCGUCAAAUACAUCGAGCGAAAAAACCAAGGCUUCAGGAUGUAUUUGAGCUCUCACCUACACAUGUUCCAGUUUCCCGAGUGCGUGUUGGGAGAACGCCAUUCGCUCUAUGUGCUUCCCGGUGGCAAAGUUGUCGAACGAACCAUGGCCGCUAACGAAAACGCAGAGUUGCGCGUUCCAAUUAAGUUUCGCAAUUGCUCGGUACGCUACGAAAAUGAAGACCAGGUCGAAGUGUUCCAACUGGAUUUUGGACCGGAGAUCGAUGACUACCUUUCUCACAUUGCGCUUAACUUUACGGUUUUAACUGCCACCUGGGACGAAUAUCUCGAGUACGUGAAGGAAACUACAGACCAAGGUUUACAAGAGUUUCUAACGCAACAACUACCUGCGAUUGCCGAUAACGAGCUGAACGGGAGGCGCUUAUGUGGCAACAGGGAGCGGGAACGGUCGAUGGCCGAAUUGCUAGUGAGACGUAAACGUUCGUCUCGACUCGUGGCCCGUGAGGAAGACACUAGACGCCGCGAUUUGGAGGCUGGAUGGUUGGAGAAACUCGACGAGCGCGACCAGUGCUUGCGGGCUCGCCAACGUGCAGUAGCUAAAGCUUCGAAGGCCAUCAAGGACGCAAUGUGGACGAUGCUGUGGGAGAGGUUCGAGGCCGAUGUAAAAGUGGAAAAACUAAGACGCAGAACUAUUGACAGCGAUGCGACGUCCCAGUUGCAGAGCCGGGAGAAUGAUGCUCAACUCUCUGACAUCGAUCUGGCCGUCCUGGAGAACGGGCCCAAGUACCACCAGCCACUGAUCCAGGUCGACGCCCCAGUUCCAGAACCGCUGAAGAUCGAAUCGCUAGAGCUGCCAGAUGAACUGCUCAUUACGAGAGAAGACCUGUCGAGCCUUGCUAACCACGGCAUCUCCGCCGCUGAGUAUACCCCGGAUUCCACCUCUUGGGGGUUCCAGUGUCCCUGCAACGUGGUUGCGGGCUUGAACUUAAACGACAAUGAUGCCGUUCGCUCCCACACGCUGGUGUGUUGCGACUCGUGCUUACGCUGGCAACACCUGGAGUGCCAGCAAGACAACUGGAUCACAUUGUUGGGCGAAGCCCGCCAAAGGCCUCUACAACGCAAAGAUUUCGCUACGGUAACGCUCGGAAUGCCCCAGCGGGGCCAACGGCGCAGUACCCGCCAUCCGGCUGUCUCCGAAUCGAAGAACGAGUCCGAGAAUUCUACGGAUGUCUUGCUGGACAGGCCUGUCACCCGCAAAGCGAGUCCAUCCACCAACGCUGCCGUACUGCCGGAGACGUUCAUAUGUGGCUGGUGUAUGCAGGCUCUCGAGAAAGACCUGCGUCUCGCCUUUGCCUCCGAACUGACUCAAACCCGCACCCAACAGUUGAAGCUACACGAGGACCGUGAACGACGCAAGAAACUGAAAGAAGAGCGUAACAAAGCAAGCUAUUCCACUCCUACUACUACUACUACUACCACUACCGCCAAUGCCAACAACGCCGCCGCCCCCGCCCCACCCUUUCAAAUUUUGCAGAGAAACGCACUUCCCCGAACGCUAACUCUGCCAUCCCAGUUAUAA